AUGGCCUACCUCAAUGUCUCUGUCACUGUUUUUACUGAAUUCUACCUGCUGGGAAUUCCAGAACUUCAUCCACACUAUUAUGGAACACUAGGGAUCUUUUUGAUCUUUGUCUACUUGGCACUGGUGGGAGGAAAUAUCUUUAUUAUUUUAUUUAUUGCUUGUGAGAGAAGUCUUCAGAAACCCACUUAUUUAAUCUUCUGUAAUCUUGCUGUGUCUGAUCUUGCUUUUGGAACUACAACACUGCCUACAACAAUUGCAAAAUACCUGUUCAAUAUCAGCAGCAUACCAUUUUAUACUUGCUUUGGGCAGAUGUUUUUUGUUCAUUACUUAGGGAGUUUUAAUUCUUUCAUAAUGUUAUUAAUGGCCAUUGAUCGAUUUGUUGCAGUAUGUAACCCACUUAGAUACUUUGUUCUUAUUACAAACAAGACUAUUUUAUUAGCAUGUGCAGUGAUUUGCACGAUGCUAACAGCUUUAAUGACAGUCAUUGUUUACAAUGCCUUCAAUGAACCAUUUUGUUCUAAUGUAAUAACCCAAAAUUAUUGUGACCAAAAUUCUAUAAUUAAACUAUCUUGUAGAGAUAUAAGGGUGAAAGGUUUGAUUGCAUUUGUAAGUGCCAUGUUUGUUCUCAUAGGACCAUUGAUUUUUAUUUUAUUUUCUUUUAUUGCCAUUAUGGCAUCUGUUUUCAAAAUGUCUGACAUUCAGGCCCGGUAUAAAACACUCUCAACUUGCACUCCCCAGCUUCUUAUCAUUUGCCUGUACUAUGUGCCCAGAUGUGUUGUCUAUGUGUAUGACCUGACAAUUACAUUCACUCCUGGCACUCGGAUAAUGAUUGUUAUGUUAUACAGUCUGCUCCCUCCUGUUGUAAAUCCAUUGAUAUACUGCUUCAGAACCAAGGAAAUUAAAGAUUCAUUAAGGAGGAAAAUGAAACAGAGAAAAGUUAGCAUGCAGAUGAAAAUGAUGUGGAGCAAAACUUAA